CCCGGCGCCGCGCUCGGAAAUGACCUAAGCGGCUUCGAGGCUCGACCAGCCACUCCAGCUGCUGUUGCGCGGCGGCCGGGGUCGCGCGCACCAUGCUCUCCGAGCAGCCUCCGGGCACGCGGGCGCGGCGCCGGCCCGGCAGGUGCUGUCAUUAGUCCCACCCCAGUAAAGAGCUGCUGGGGCUGAAUGGUCAUGGGGGAGCCUGGUAGAGAGGAGUAUAAAAUCCAGUCUUUUGACGCAGAGACUCAGCAGCUGCUGAAGACAGCACUCAAAGAUCCAGGUGCUGUGGACUUGGAGAAGGUGGCCAAUGUGAUUGUGGACCAUUCUCUGCAGGACUGCGUCUUCAGUAAAGAAGCAGGGCGCAUGUGCUAUGCCAUCAUUCAGGCUGAGAGCAAGCAAGCAGGCCAGAGUGUCUUCCGACGGGGACUCCUGAACCGGCUGCAGCAGGAGUACCAGGCUCGGGAGCAGCUGCGAGCCCGGUCCCUGCAGGGCUGGGUCUGCUAUGUCACCUUUAUCUGCAACAUCUUUGAUUACCUGAGGGUGAACAACAUGCCCAUGAUGGCCCUGGUGAACCCCGUCUAUGACUGCCUCUUCCGGCUGGCCCAGCCUGACAGUCUGAACAAGGAGGAGGAGGUGGACUGCCUGGUGCUCCAGCUGCAUCGGGUGGGGGAGCAGCUGGAGAAGAUGAACCGACAGCGCAUGGAUGAGCUCUUUGUCCUGAUCCGGGAUGGCUUCCUGCUCCCAAGUGGCCUCAGCUCCCUGGCCCAGCUGCUGCUGCUGGAGAUCAUUGAAUUUCGGGCAGCCGGCUGGAAGACGACCCCGGCUGCCCACAAGUAUUACUAUAGCGAGGUCUCCGACUAGGCCUCCCAGUCAGGCUGCCGCACCAGAAGCACCGGCCUCUCACCUACCCGACUUCCUGCCUCUCCCAAAGACUGUCCUUCCAGACUUUCAACAGCUCCUGAGCGGUUUCCCACUUAUGCUGUGGUCCUGCCCCGAGCACCUUCCCUCCUGGAUUCGGGAACUGGGGAAAACACCAAACAGACUUGCCCCCCACUGUCCCAUCACCUCCAACCUGGGCCAGGCAGAGAAAUGCAGCUUCUGAGAACCACUGCGUUGUGAAGCCACUGGUGCAACAGCCAUCUUGGUGCCUCAGUUUCCCCAUCUGUAAAAUGGGUACCCAUAGCUACUGGUGGGAUACUUUGGGAUAUCAAGGGGCAGACCACAAGUCCCACCAGAGAGUGCUUUUUACAUUUUGUACAAGGACCACUUCGGAAACAAACAUAUUUCUAGUCGGUUUUAGUAAAUGGCAGCACCCCGUCACAUGCUACACCAGUUCAGGGUGACAGUUUUCUAAUAAAGCUUUUCUAACAUUAAAA